AUGUUUAUGACUAAAAAUGAAAACGAUCAUGGUGUUAAUACCUUUUCAUCUGAAGGAAGAUUAUUCCAAGUCGAAUAUGCUACAGAAGCAAUGAAAUUAGGAUCAACUGUUAUUGGUAUUCAAACAAAAGAAGGUGUUGUCCUUGCUGUAGAAAAACGAAUUUCAUCACCACUAAUGCUUGGAAGUAGUAUUGAAAAAAUUAUUGAGAUUGACGAUCAUAUUGGUGCAGCUGUUAGUGGACUAACUGCUGAUGCACGUACACUAAUUGACCAUGCUAGACUUGAAGCACAAAAUCAUAGAUUUAUGUAUGACGAACCAAUAAAUGUAGAAGUUGUUGCUCAAGCCAUUUCAGAUCUUUCUUUAAGAUUUGGAGAAGGGUCAAGAAAGAAAAAAGUCAUGAGUAGACCAUUUGGUGUUGCAUUAUUAAUUGCAGGUGUUGAUGAAACUGGUCCAAGACUUUUCCAAACUGAUCCAAGUGGAAUGUUUAUUGAAUUUUAUGCUAAAGCCACAGGAGCAGGAACAGAAGCUGCACAAUCAAUUUUACAUGAAAAAUAUAAUAAAUCAAUGACGUUAAGAGAAGCAGAAAUACUUGCAUUAUCAACAUUAAAACAGGUAAUGGAAGAAAAAUUAACUUCCAAGAAUGUAGAAGUAGCGUUAGUUACAGUAGAAAAGAAGAAAUUUGAAAUUAUGGAUACAACAUUUAUUGAAAAUUUAAUUGGAGAAAUCAAAGAAGAAUUAAUUUAA